AUGCUGGGAAAACAUACUAGCCCACACACUGUUCCUGGUCAUCCGGCCCCAUGGCUCUCUCCUGGUGUUUUCUACCUGGGCCUCACGUUCUUGGGCUGGGUGGGCCUGCUGCAGGGACAGCCCCAGUGCUUGGAUUAUGGGCCACCCUUCCGUCCUCCUCUCCACCUGGAGUUUUGCUCGGACUAUAACUCCUUCGGCUGCUGCGAUCAACGCAAGGACCACCGUAUUGCUGCCCGGUACUGGGACAUCAUGAACUACUUUGACCUGAGGGGCCACGAGUUGUGUGGAGGUUACAUUAAAGACAUCCUUUGCCAGACCACUCCACCCAGGCAGAAUCUCCGUUCUUUUUUCUCGGUCCUGACAGAUGACAUUUUGCCCAUCUAUGCUUAUGGCCAUGAAGUGGGCAAGUCAGUCACAGGAGGGUAUGUCUACCGUGGGUGUGAAUCUCCCAAUCUUAAUGGCCUCUACAUCUUCGGGGACUUCAUGAGCGGUCGACCUAUGGCUUUGCAGGAAGAUAGGAAAACCAAGAAAUGGAGAAAGCAAGAUAUCUGCCUGGGCAACUCGUCCUGUGCCUUCCCUGGGCUGAUCAGCACCUACAGCCAGUUCAUCAUCUCCUUUGCGGAAGACGAAGCGGGGGAGCUGUAUUUCCUGGCCACUUCCUACCCAAGUGCCUAUGCAGCACAUGGAUCUAUUUACUUAUUUGUCGACCCCUCGAGGCGAGCCCCACCAGGCAAGUGCAAAUACAAGCCAGUGCCCGUGAAAACCAAGACUAAGAAGAUCCAGGUCCGGCCGCUUGCCAGACAGGACCUUGGACCCAGGCUGGGCUGGCUGACUGAGGCUGCCACGCGUCGGCCACAGCCAGGGUGGUGUCCAGGUCCCUGUGGCCACAUUCCCAAGGCCACCGGCAGAGAUAGCCGGAGCGGCGCCACAGCGCCUCCCACUGGCAGACCUGCGCAACUGCAGGCCUGGAGCCUUCCCACAGUCAGAGGUCAAGUUUGCAUCCAGGUCUGCCUUCCAGGAGAGAGAGGGGGUGAUGCCAAGGGCAAGAAGUCCCAGUCUCUAAACAUCUGCAGUAACGGGGAAUCUGACCUUGCUGGACAGUGCGUGCCUGUAGCUCGCGCUUCUCGCACUGGGCAGGCAAUGAGCAAGGACUUUGGGCAACGCCCGGCCAGCAGCCUGUCUAUUCUUAGCGGCCACAGUGGAGACACUCUCUUCCUCUUAGAUGUGAAGAGCCAUGGCGACAUGGCACCGUGA